CUGAAAAUUGAAGAAUCUGCGCAUGCGUGCAUGUGGGGUGCUACCCUCUAUAAAUCAAAACGAGCCAACUUGAGUGUUUUUUUCCUAGAUUCGGUUGAGCCAUUCAGCUAUCGCUGGAGGAGGAUCAAUAUUGAUACUCUCUAUCUUGCUUGCAAAACCUGAAACAAAAUUUGCAAUAGCAUUACAUCAAUGGAGGAAUCAUGGACUAGUUGUCUUUGUGACAUGGAACCAGAUGAUUACAGUUUCAUAGGUCAAUCAGACAUAAAAGUGGAUGAUGUGAAUGGAUGUUUAGUAUCUCCUCAUGAUGUAGCCACUGCAUUAUUAGAGAAGAACCAGCAAAGCUUAUUUUCCAGAGAGAGUCACUCUUCAGCGGCUGAGAGUGGCUUAGAGAGGCCUUUCAAGUUGCCAAAGAGAGAACAACUCUCACAAAAGAUAGCUUCUAGUUCUACUCCCAGCUCCUAUAUUCUCUCCUUUGACAACAUGAAUCCACCAACAAUAAAGGUUGAAUCUGCCUCAAAGCCAGGCACCAAGGUUGUGAAUCUUGAGAAAGCUUUGCCUUCAAAGAAUGAACCAACAAGACCACAGGAAAACAAGAAAAUGGGCUCAUUUGCCAGAUCUUCUCAUCACACACAAGAUCACAUCAUUGCUGAGAGAAUGAGGAGAGAGAAAAUUAGCCAGCAGUUCAUUGCCCUCUCUGCCCUUAUUCCAGACCUCAAAAAGAUGGACAAGGUGUCUCUGUUGGGGGAGGCUAUAAGGUAUGUGAAGCAGCUGAAGGAGCAAGUGAAGCUGCUGGAGGAGCAGAGCAAAAGGAAAAACGAGGAAUCUGUGAUGUUUGCGAAGAAAUCUCAGGUUUUUCUUGCGGACGAGGAUGUCUCAGACACUUCGUCAAACUCCUGCGAGUUCGGAAACUCCGAUGAUCCCUCGUCAAAAGCGAAUUUUUUGUCACUACCAGAAGUUGAAGCGAGGGUGUCAAAGAAGAACGUGCUGAUUCGAAUCCUCUGCGAGAAGGAAAAGACAGUGCUGGUGAACAUUUUCAGAGAGAUAGAGAAACUUCAUCUCUCGAUCAUCUAUAGUAGCGCCUUGUCUUUCGGUUCCUCUGUUCUCGACACAACCAUAGUAGCCGAGAUGGAGGAUGAAUUCAACAUGGGGGUGAAGGAACUGGCUAGAAAUCUCAGAGUAGGAUUAAUGCAAUUUAUGUAGUAGAUGAGAAGGACUGAACUGCAAUAACACCACGAAUUCAGUGUAUUAAAUGUCCUAUCCUAGUCAAUCUAAUCUUAGGUGUAAGCUUGAAAUGUAGACGAAGAAAUAAAUAAUUGCUACGUGGGAAAGAAGAUGAACAACAGCAUCACGCUGAAUCAGUUAGAGGGAGGCAAUGCCGUGACCGUGAUGGACGACCAAUAAAGCAGUAUGGUCCAUUAUCGGAAAUUGGGAUUUAACUUCUUGCUAAAGGCUAGCCUUGGAAACUAUGGACUGUAUAACUUACUUUUAUCUAUUUGUUUUUAUUAGUUUUAUUUAUUUAUUUGUUUAUUAAAAAUAAGAUAUCUCAUAAUCCAAAGUUUUUGAGAAAA